AUGAGCGAUGUGCUGCUAUCCAAGUUGUCAGGAGAACUCGCCGAUCUUGACGGACAAAUCGGCCAAAUCGAUCAACAAAUCAGUCAAUUGAGAAGGAAGAAAGCAGAGUUAACACAGAAGAAACAAGCUAUCGAGAGAAAAAUCGAAUUAAAAACCAACGAAGACUCUGACGUCGUUCUCGACAGAUGGGAUCGUGAUGGAUUCUCUUGGUCACAAGAAGCCAAUGAUAUUCUCAGAAACAAGUUCCAUCUUGAGACCUUCCGACCAAUCCAACGUGCCGCAAUCAACGCAGUGAUGAGUAAAGAGGACGCUCUUGUGAUUCUAAGCACAGGCGGUGGCAAAAGCCUGUGUUAUCAGCUACCGGCACUUCUAGCCAAGGGUCUUACUCUUGUAGUGUCUCCAUUAGUCUCUCUGGUCGAGGAUCAGAUUCUACAACUCAGAAAGUUGGGAAUCGAUGCGUCGAGUUUGAAUGCAAACACUUCGAAAGAGGAGGCGAAACGAGUGGAAGAGGCGAUCACUCGUAAUGAUUCAGAAUUCCGUUUAUUGUAUGUCACACCUGAGAAGCUCGCGAAAAGUAAACGAAUGAUGAAUAAAUUGGAGAAAUCGUUGGCUGUCGGAUUCUUGAAAUUGAUUGCGAUUGACGAGGUGCACUGUUGCUCGCAGUGGGGACACGAUUUCAGAACUGAUUAUGGAUUUUUGAAUGUGUUGAAGAGACAGUUCAAAGGUGUCCCAAUCCUUGGUCUCACCGCAACAGCCACCAGUAAUGUGCUUGAUGACGUCAAAGAUAUGUUAGGAAUUCAAGCAGCUUUAGUAUUCCGUGCUGGUUUCAAUCGUUCCAACUUGAAAUAUCAAGUUCUUCCAAAGAAAGGAAGCGAAGACGAGUGUGUAGAAGAGAUCGCCGCUAUCAUCAAAAAGCGAUUUUCGGGAGAAACUGGAAUUAUCUAUUGCUUGUCUAGAAAUGACUGUGAGAAGGUGGCGAAGUCACUGAAGGCACAGGGAAUACGUGCAAAACAUUAUCACGCUUAUAUGGAACCAAAUGAUCGAAGCGCUUGUCACCAGAGCUGGAUCUCUGGAAAAAUUCAGGUUAUCGUGGCGACUGUCGCAUUUGGAAUGGGUAUCGAUAAGCCUGAUGUUCGAUUUGUAAUUCAUCAUUCUCUACCCAAAUCCAUUGAAAAUUACUAUCAAGAGAGUGGAAGAGCUGGAAGAGAUGGGCGACCUGCCACGUGUAUCUUAUAUUAUCGAUUGGCGGACAUUUUCAAACAAUCUAGUAUGGUACAACAGGAGAGGACGGGUAUAGCGAAUCUCUACAAUAUAGUUAGAUAUGCAUACGAAUCGAGAAUAUGUAGACGGGUGAAACUGGCGGAGCACUUCGAAGAAGCUUGGGAACCAUCGUGGUGUCAGAAGCAGUGUGAUGUGUGUGAGAAGGCAACGGGUGGGGAAACGAAAAGUAUAGAUGUCAAUGAAGAAGCCAAGGCGGCGGUGAAGAUAAUCGAAGAGAAUCUAAACUCUGCAAAAGACGGAAGUGGUCGAAUCACUGGCAACAAACUCGUCGAGCUUCUAGCCAAAAGGUUGAAAGGGAAACGAUCACGAGAGUUUUGUGAGCGACUAAUCGUAUUUCUUCUCCUCGAAUCAUAUCUCCAAGAAGACUUUCAUUAUACCGUAUACUCGGUUAUCAGUUAUGUAGUCGUUGGAUCCAAGUGGAGAGUGUAUAAUGGACGGGAUGAGAUCCUAAUGACAGUGGAUGAUGAGAAAGGAUCGGUUUUGGCGUCAAGUACAAAGAGUCGAAAGAGGAAAGCUGUGAUCAGCUCAGAUGAAGAUGAUGACAUCACGGUGCUAGAUGAUUAG